AAUAAAUAAUAACAAUGAUUUAUAAACAAAAACUGUGUUGUUAAAUAAAACUACAUCAUACUGAAUCAAAUAAAAGGUUAAAUGCAUACAAAAUGAAGCACGUAAAUAAAAGAUAACGUGAGACAAGAAAAUAUAAGCCAAGAACAAAGUGAUUCAGAUUAAAAUGUACUAAAUUCAAGGUCCAAACAAAUUAGGUAAAGUUUUUCUAAAGCAAUCAAAAUGGCAGCAGAUCCCCUAUUCGGCUGGGAUUUAACUUUUAAAACUGUCGAGAAAGAUAUAAAACGGAAGUCUGAUGUGCUCAUUGCUUUCAUACAUUGGAAUUUGACAAAAAGAGGAUUCCGCAGCAUUGGAAUAGGCGACGAGAGAACCCUGUCAGGAGAUGAGGACAAGAGCGAGGUGCUGCCAACAGGCUGGAACGACAAAGACAACUAUACUUUAAGAUAUGUUUUGGAGGGCAAAUUGUACAUUCUACAUGGAUUGAACACAGAUGGCACUCUCAUUGUCAAUUUAAUGAGAUCUGAAGACUUAGCAGUAUCCAAUCUUGCCUUGAAGAUAGAUGACACCAUAAAAGAGACCAGUGGCACCAUAUCCAAGAUGUUGCCGGGCUACAAGGACCUCAUGUACAAUGUGAAGCGCGAUCUUGUUGAUACUAUCACAGAAAGGCCUACUACUACUGCUGAAACACAAACUUCUACCAGAAGUGAACCAAAUAGAAGGCUUCCCGAUGAUCCACUGAGAGUGCCUCCAAGACCACACCCAUCUGGCCCGCACCCUGAUACCCGGGAUUUGUGGGAGCCUCCUACAGCACCUCUACCAAACAUCGGCCGCUCAGAUUUAGACCCCUUCGCUCCCGGCGGUGGUGGUAUGCUGUUCAACCCGUUCGGACCUCGACGGGACCUCGAGAACCCGGGCCUCGGCGUACCUGGAGGCUUGCCGAGAGGAGCGGUGCCGCCCGGCGCGCGCUUCGACCCGUUCGGGCCCCCGCCCCCGCCCGGCGCGCCCGGCCGCCGCGCGCCGCCCGACGCCGACCACCUGCCGCCGCCCGGCGGCUUCAACGACCACAUGUUCAUGUAGCCGCCCCACCCCGCAAACACAAUAAACUUGUUUGUUG